UAACUGCAUUCCUCCAAGUAGGUCUCUUUCAUCGAGAGGACGAGUAGAUGAUUCUGUGAGUUAAGAAACACCGAAAAACAUAGCGGCAAAAUGCUUAAGUUUUGAGUCACAUAAUUAUUUUGUAACUUGCUUUUCUUGGUAAAUCCUUUGGAGAGGCCACGGCCGUUUUGUUGAUAACGUGUGGGCAUCUAGUUAUACAAGCAAACAACAGGAUGUUGAUUUGGGAAGUUCCAGUGAUCAUUCUUUGGGCCGCUGUAGGUCUUCAGACAUGUAAAGCUCAAGUCUGUGGUCAUCCCCCACUGGAAAACAGAAUUGUUGGAGGAGUUAAUGCGCAGUAUGGGGCUUGGCCAUGGCAGGUGGAUGUUCAGACUUUUCAGAAUGGUCAUGUGUGUGGGGGAUCCCUCAUCACUCAGGAGUGGGUGCUGUGUGCUGCUCACUGCUUCCCAAAACCAAUUGACGUGUCCUCCUAUAUACUCUACAUGGGUCGUUACCAACUCAAUGGCUUAAAUCAGUAUGAGGUUUCCAGCGGUAUAACUCAGGUGGUGAUACCCCCAGGGUAUACAGAGCCACAGCAGGGUCAGGACAUUGCUUUGGUCCAGCUGUCCAGUCCAGUCACCUUCUCAGACUUUAUCCAGCCAGUCUGCCUUCCAGAUGCUGGCACCCUCUUCCCCAGUGGCAUGGACUGCUACGUCACUGGGUGGGGGAACAUCGCAGAUGGGGUUUCUCUGCCAGGAGCAGGGACCCUACAACAAGUACAGGUGCCAAUCAUUGGGCAGAGUUCUUGUCAAGAGAUGUACCAACUCCAAUCUACAGACAGUGUGGACAUUCUGUCUGACAUGAUCUGCGCUGGUUUCCAAGAGGGUGGCAAGGAUUCCUGCCAGGGGGAUUCAGGUGGGCCACUGGUGUGUCCAAUGGUGAAUGGGACUUGGGUGCAGGCGGGGAUUGUGAGUUUUGGGCUGGGCUGUGCUCAGGCCAACCAGCCAGGUGUCUACGCCAAGGUGUCUGCCUUUGCUGACUUCAUCAGAAGUACAGUGCCAGAUAUCCAGUUGUUUGGUCGGGCCUCCACAAACUUAGCAAGUGACAUAGCGGUGAUUGUUAAUGCCCUAGCCUCUCUGCUUGUAGUGUUGCUGUUGAGAUAGGAUAGAUGAAGCUCCCAGUGUAUGAACCGUCCAACAAACUACACAUGUGGUGCAGUGCCCACACUAUCAAAUAUACAGAAUCACACACUUCAAACAA